CACCCACCCUUGUCCAGCCUGAGCAGCCGGUACUCCCCGUUCCCUGAAUGCGUUGGAGGCUGCGACCGCCACCCGCGUCACCUCUGACAGCAUCGCAGGCCGUCGUGGCCUCAGCUGCACACGGUUGGCAGGAACGCACGGUGGGGCUCCGCUCGUCUUCCCAGCUGCAAUGCGCCAGCCGCACCUCGCCCCUCCCUCCCUGCGCGCGAGCACGGUUUGCCCGAUCCGCAAAGCCGAUUGUGCUGUGCGCUGCGCCGUCGUGUGGGGCCCGCUAUCGUCCUGCGCAUGCGUAUGCCCUCGGCGGGUCGGGUGAUACGCCGAGCGUGGCCCGCAGGAGAUCCGCGCCCCUCGUGAGUCGCGUUCGCCGUCAUUGCCCGGCCGAGAUACGACUCCUGUACGUGUUCAGUACAGAGUGUCCUCGCAUGCUGUUCGGGCUCUGGCGUCUGGAAGGCGGUCUGGGUCCCCGUCCAUAUGACCGUGUCCUGGCCCGCAGCCACUGGCCGACAUUUGCGCGCCAUCGACAACUGUACAUGUUGUGGACUCUUCUGCUUGGGGGUCCUUCUGCGAUCGCCCCGUGCCCCGGUGGCCUAGCUCCUCGUCCAUUUCCCGACAUACACGGCCCGCGACGUAAAGUACAAGGACGCGACGUCUGCGGCAGACUGCGCGUGCAUGUUUGCCUGCAGGUAUAUCUUUACUGGUCCGGUGGCUGUCGUCACUAGUGUUACUGUGCACUGGACAACUGUCUCCUCCCGCGCUCCAUCUGACUGCAGCUGCCUAUACGACUUCUCAGGCCGAAAUUGCCACCAAUGGCUGCGGCACGCGUUGUAGUACAGGAGGGAUGCCGGUGUACGUAUCCUUCUCGGUUUCUAGCCGUUGUGUGAGUUCUCUCUCGAUCAACCUCUCCGUGUUCCGUGAUCGUCGUGUACUGUACAAACAACGAAUGGCUCGUCAUAUUUCAAUGUCAUCCGAGGCCGCAUCCGCCGUUCUGUGCAGUCACAUUCUGAAGCGUUUCGGAAAAGUAUUCCCUCGAAGCAUCAUCGACACGGAACGUCGCAGAUAGCAUCCUACUUCCGGAAGGCACAUUUCCGAAGAAUUCGCCGCGCCUUCGC